GAGAGGAGGAGGCCAUUCACUAGCCUGUUUUAGCUACACACAUCUAGCUACUGUUAGCUAGCCGGCGGCUAACGAGCAAGCUAAAACAUCAGUUUGUCUUAAUGUCGCCCGUCUUAUCAAGUGAUGGCAAGAGAACAGUGUUCACAAACCGAAGCUGAACUGUAUUACCUCAUUGCCAGAUUUCUCCAGUCUGGACCCUGUAAAAAAGCAGCACAGAUUCUGGUCGAGGAGCUGGAGGAGUAUGAGUUGGUCCCGCAACGAUGGAGUUGGGACGGGGAGAAAUACAAACGCACCUUUCAAGAUUGGGUGAUUUUGAACCAGCAUAUUCCUGCAGACUACCUGCUCCGUGUUUGUCAGCGGAUAGGUCCUCUCAUAGAGAAGGAGAUCCCACCUAGUGUCCCUGGAGUACAAACCCUCCUGGGGCUGGGAAGACAGUCGUUGCUUCGCACCACCAAAAGUUGUAGCCACAAAGUAUGCCGUGGCUCAGCUGUUGCUGCACUCCACCGAGGACGUCCGCCAGAACCUCCAGUCAGCAAUGGAAAUCCUCCUAAUGUUGUAUCCAUCAUGGGUGCUCGCCAGGCCACAGGUACGGCUCGUUUUGGCCAGGCUCUGCCGUCUUCCUCCUACCAGUACAUGAAGAUACACAAACGUAUCCUUGGCCACCUCUCUUCAGUCUAUUGUGUAGCCUUUGACCGCACUGGUCGUCGGAUAUUUACGGGUUCUGAUGACUGCUUGGUGAAAAUCUGGGCCACAGAUGAUGGCCGGCUCCUGGCAACACUCCGCGGCCACUCAGCAGAGAUUUGUGACAUUGCUGUCAACCACGAGAACAGUCUCAUUGCCUCGGCCAGCUGUGACAAAGUCAUCAGAGUGUGGUGCCUGCGCACCUGUGCGCCCAUCACUGUUCUGCAGGCUCAUGCUGCCUCCAUCACAUCCAUACAGUUUUGUCCUGCAGUCAAAGGAACAAUGCGAUACCUGGCCUCAACAGGUGCAGACGGCAUGGUGUGUUUCUGGAAGUGGAACUCGCUCAGCAUGAAAUUUAAUGAUCAACCAGUCAAGUUUGUCGAGCGGUCACGGCCAGGAGUACAAGUCUCUUCUUCCUCUUUCAGUAGUGGUGGCAUGUUCAUGGCUACCGGUGGCACAGAUCACAUGAUCAGGGUCUACUACCUUGGGGCUGAAACGCCCAUGAAGGUCUCUGAGAUGGAUGCUCACACGGAUAAAGUCGUAGUCGUCCAGUUUAGCAAUAACAGUGACAGCCUAAGGUUUGUGAGUGGCAGUCGAGACGGCACAGCCAGGAUCUGGCAUUACCAGCAACAAGAGUGGAAGAGCAUCACUUUAGACAUGGCUGCAAGGUUGCCUGGGAGUACUGUUGCCAAUGGGGACGAUAAAACCAAGCUGGUGGUGACCAUGGUGGCGUGGGAUCGUGUGGAUAGCACUGUCAUCACUGCAGUGUCAAACUACUUGCUCAAAGUGUGGAGUGCAACUUGUGGACAGCUGCUGCAUGUUUUGUCUGGUCACGAUGACGAGGUGUUUGUGAUGGAGGCUCACCCGUUCGACUCCCGCAUCAUGUUAUCUGCCGGCCACGAUGGCAACAUUUACAUGUGGGAUCUAACAAAAGGAGCUAAGAUCCGCAAUUUCUUCAACAUGAUCGAGGGCCAGGGCCACGGUGCUAUUUUUGACUGCAAGUUCUCAGCUGAUGGGCAGCAUUUUGCCUGCACUGACUCACACGGCCAUUUGCUCAUCUUUGGUUUCGGCUGCAGCAGACCAUAUGAGAAGAUUCCUGACCAGAUGUUCUUCCACACGGACUACCGACCUCUUAUUCGUGACUCUAAUAACUACGUCCUGGAUGAGCAGACACAGCAGGCUCCUCACCUCAUGCCUCCACCCUUCCUGGUGGACGUUGACGGGAAUCCUCAUCCUCCUCACUACCAGCGCCUGGUGCCAGGAAGAGAGAACUGCAAGGAGGAUCAGCUCAUUCCUCAGCUAGGAUACAUGGCAAACAGUGAUGGAGAGUUGGUUGAGCAGGUACUUGGCCAGCAAACAGCAGAAAAUGGAGAAAGCCUUUUGGACAAUCUCAUCAGACAAUUGCAGAAUGAGCAGGACGAACGUCAGAACGCAGAACAGCUGGCUGAAGGGGAAGGAGAAGGGGCUGAGGAUGCAGCAGAGCUGGUGCCCUCCUCUCCAACUGUUGCACCUCGCAGAAGUGGGCAGGUGGAUGGGGUGUGGCAGAUGCAGCACAACGCCCUUCGUAGUCAAGUGGCCACAGAGAGGGACCUGCUAGCCUGGAGCCGCAGAGUGGUGGUCACUGAAGUGCCACAAGGGAUAUUCAGAGUUUUGGAGGAGUGCCGGCAAGCCAAAGGCGACAUGGAAUGUUCUCUAUACAAUGCAGAGAGGAGGAAGAAACCGGUAACCUGCACCCCCAAGAGCGAUCCGCUUGCUUCACGCCUGCGCUCCCUGCGGCCGACCAAGAAAAAGCAGCAGCGCCACGCCUAUCAGACCCGCUCUGCUCAGGUCCGCCGUCCCGGAAGCAGGAGUCGGACUUCCAGCAAUCGCCGUAACUCUGGCAGCCAGAUCGACUCAGACAGUGACAGAGAAGCAACGGAACGGGUGGAGCAAACUGACGCCUCCUCUGAUGCUGAAACUCAGUGGCAGAGUGAAAGCAGCUCCAGCGACUCCUCCAGUGAGUAUUCUGACUGGACAGCUGAUGCUGGAAUCAACCUCCAGCCACCAAAGCGAACAACCAGGAGGCCUGUACAGCCCCCAGAAUACAGCAGCUCUGAGGAGGAAGAAGCUGGCGAUGAGGCCAAGGAGGCAAAAAAGAAGGAAAAUGAGAAGAAGAAGAAGCCCAAGGAGACCAAACAGAAACCCCCAUCUUCUCUGGCUGGACUUGAUGCGGAGGAGUGGCUGCCGCCAUCGUGGAUAAUGGAGACCAUCCCUCACCGCUCUCCUUUUGUUCCCCAGAUGGGGGAUGAACUCAUCUACUUCAAACAAGGCCAUCAGGCGUACGUCCGAGCUGUUCGCAGGGCCAAGGCCUACAGCAUCAACCCUCAGAAGCAACCGUGGAACAGACUCAACCUCAGGGACCAGGAAUCUGUAAAGGUGGUUGGACUUAAGUAUGAAGUGGGACCUCCCACCCUCUGCUGCCUAAAACUGGCUUUCUUGGACCCAGUCUCAGGGAAGAUGACCAAUGACUCUUUCUCCUUAAAGUAUCAUGACAUGCCCGAUGUCAUAGAUUUUCUGGUACUGCAGCAGUUUUACAAUGAGGCUAAAGAGCACAACUGGCAGCCAGGUAUGAGGUUCCGCAGCAUCAUUGAUGACGCCUGGUGGUUUGGAUCUGUGGAGGAUCAGGAGCCCCUGCAGCCAGAGUAUCCAGAUAGCCUGUUUCAGUGCUAUGCAGUGAAGUGGGAUAAUGGUGAACGGGAGAAAAUGAGUCCCUGGGACAUGGAGCCUAUUCCUGAGGAAGCUGCGUUGCCAGAGCAGGUUGGUGACGGGGUGGAGGUGGCAGAAGAGGAGCUAAAAGCUCUGCUCUACAGGCCUCAGGAAGGAGAGUGGGGGGCUCACACACGAGACGAAGACUGUGAGAGAGUCAUGAAUGGCAUCGACCAGCUUCUUACACUAGAUGUAGCCAAGGCGUUCUCAUCACCUGUAAACCUGCGGGACUACCCUCUGUACUGCACUGUGGUGGCUUACCCCACUGAUCUAAGCACCAUCCGCAAACGACUGGAGAAUCGCUUUUACAGGCGGAUCUCUGCAUUAAUGUGGGAGGUGCGCUACAUAGAACACAAUGCCCGCACUUUCAACGAACCCCAAAGCCCCAUUGUAGCGGCUGCCAAGGUGGUGACUGAUGUUCUCCUCCACUACAUUGGAGACCAGAGCUGCACAGACAUCUUGGAUCUGUAUCACAAACUCAAAUCUGAGGUCAGCAGUGGAGAAGAAGCUGAGGUUGACUUGGAUGUGGACUCAGACACUCCAGGGACAUCUACAGGACAUCGAGGAGCCGACCCAAAUUCUAAGAAGCGUGGUGUGACUUUGGAUGUAAAAGUAUGGCGAGCUCAGUGUCGGGAGCUGCUGCGUCGGAUGAUGGUUUCGCCGGAUUCAGAACCAUUCAGACAGCCUGUGGAUCUCUUUGAGUACCCGGACUAUCGAGACAUCAUUGACACUCCCAUGGAUCUGGGUACAGUGUCAGAGACGCUGGUGGCAGGAAACUAUGAAAAUCCAGUGGAGUUUGCCAAAGACAUCCGCCUCAUUUUUAGCAACUCAAAAGCAUACACACCGAACAAGAAAUCACAGAUCUAUACCAUGACCCUCAGCUUGUCGGCCUUCUUUGAAAAACACAUCAUCGCCAUCAUAUCCGACCACAAAUCUGCCAUUCAGAAUGAACGGCGGACUCGUCAGAGACUCAGUUACAGGGACAGAUUGCACAACGGUGGCAGCUCCCCGCCUAACAGUCCAUCCAGCAGCUCUAAAGGGAAGCACAAGUCAGGGAAGGUGUCAAAGCCAAAAAAAUCCCAGACCUCAACGAAGAGUCGUUCUCAGAGAUCAUAUCAGGCUCAGCAAAGCAGCAGUGUAGCAGAGGAAGAGGACGUCCAGCCUUCUUCCCCAAGUUCAGGGACAAGCGACAAAGGCAGAAGUCAAGGGCCACAUCGGGUGACCCGCAGCCAAGCAACUCCAGUGAAGAAGUCGGGCCACCGGCGUAACUUGCAUCUAAGUAAUGGCUCCAGACAGUGCCACGGGCGAGACACGCAACAGUCCGACGAUGACGAAGAGGCAUCUGGAUCCAAUAGCUCGUCGUCGGAGUCAUCCUCCACUUCUUCAUCCUCCUCUUCCUCCUCAUCGUCUGACAGUGAGAACAGCUCUGAUUCUGAGAUGGAGAAGUACAUGGAGGGAGGAGAUCACGACUACAGCAAAGCUCCCUGCCUGUCAGUACGCCUCUCAGCGAAGGGUAAGGUGGCAGCCUCAGGGAAAAGGAGACACAAAGGAGGAGAGGACACGGCACAGAAACCGAAAAGAGCACGAGUGCAGCUGCCGGUAGAGAAGGAGGAGGAGGAGGAGGAGUCGGAGUCGGAAGAUGAGGAGCAAGAUGAGGAGGUGGCGGGGGAGGAGGAGGAAGAAGAAGAGGAGGAGGAGGAAGAAGAAGAAGAGGAGGAGGAGGAGCAGCAGCAGCCGCAGCAGCAGGUGGAUGUAAGACAUGAAGAGGAGGAAGAGGAGGAGGAGCAGGAGCCUGAGGAAGAGGAGGAGCCUGAAGAAGAAGAGGAGGAAGAUGAGGAAGAAGACUCAAAUGACGUGCAGAGAGGAGCUGCCGCAGCUGGCAGUCAGAGAGGCAACCAUUGCAAGUCUCGUCGGGUCAACACGCGUAACCAGGGCCGCAGGACAGUUCUGUACAGAGACGACUCAGAGGAUGAUGGCCAUGGGUCGAAGGACGACCCCCUCAACCUGGGCAUGUCCCGCUCAGGACGGGUACGCCGCAUGACAGAGAAAGCCCGUGUCAGCCACCUCAUGGGCUGGAGUCACUGACACGUUGCCCCUUUUCAAACCUCAACAAAAGAAAAAAGACUUUUAAACAUGAGUUAACACAUCAGGGAUUUUUUUUCUUUCUUUUUGUACAAGUGUAUGUAUAAAAUAUAUAUAUAUAUGAUUUUCUUUUUAUCUGAUAAUGCUUAUGACUCUCAAACUGAUAGCUGGUGCUCAAGAAGUGUUGCCACGGAUUUUCCUUCCCUGGUCAACAGAGCUACUGUUCAACACGGACCCUCUUCAACUGGACUAACUCACCUCGGCCUUACUGCUCGCUGGAAGAGCCUUUACGACGCGUCACUGCUCUUCUCCUCCUCACCCUGUGCGUUUCACGUCCAGUGUUAAAACACUAGAUGAGUUCCUCCUCGUCCCUCUCACAACCUUUCUUACUCCUGGUCACCAAAGAAGGAUGCGGAGAUGCCAAAAAAUGGUGCUCAUAUUUCUCUGUCUUUUUUUUUUUUUUCCCCUCAAUGAGUAACUCUCUCAUGCUAAUGGUCACAAGUUCACUCAUGACCAUGGGGAGAUGCGUGCAGUAUCACUUACGGUAUCUGAUGUCAACUGUCAUCUGAUUUUUUGGGUGCUUGCUCUUUCUUCACAACAGCAAGCCUUAGUUUUCAGAACUCCCACCAUUCUGAUUUUGUUCUUUGCAGUGUAGUAUGAGGACUAGCAAUACUGGGAAGAAGUCAGUAGAGCACAGUACCAUAAAAAUCUCCCUCUGGACAUCCUUGGCCUGUGAAUGUUAAAUGUUUUUCCCCUGCUUCCUUUUUCUGGUGUUGACUGUUUUUUGGCUGCUCAGUUCUGUUAUUUAGGUAGCAUUGGCGCUUUUCUUUUCAUUCUUUUUAAGCGUGAAAUAGAUUUUGUUUUUUUGGGUAAAAAAAAAAAAAAAGCCACUGCGUCCUGUUUGUAUUUGUACUGUUGCACCCCCCGAUGGAUCAGACCUGCAUCCAGUCAUUGUUGCUUCCACGACACUUUCUCCAUCCAGCACGUGCAAAAACAAAAGGUUCCCUGGCCAACUCUCUUCACAGAAAUAUUUAUUUUUCCGUUGUACUCUACUUAUCUUACUUUAACUAUUUCGUACAUUUAUUAGCGGUGAGGAAAAAGGAAGUAUUUGCACAUUUACCUACUCCAUGUGGCAGCUGAGUAAUGAAUAUAUUAGAGAAAGAGAAGUAAGAUGAAACCUCAUGAUUUUUGUGUGAGAAUGUUUGAACUGUGCCAGCACACUCAAUUCAGUUUGACUAGGAUAUAACUCGAAAUCUCUUUCCGCCUGUGGAUGAUUCAGCUUAAAGUCUCAUCUGAUUGGCCUUCUCGAUCGUGCUUUCUUUUGGUUUGAAGCAAAGGUAGCAACCAUGGAUCAGUUCUUUGCUACCGUGUUGUGCCAUUUCCUUCUCCCUUUUGUUUCGAACCAUCUGUGGACUGAUGGGUUUCUAACUUUGGGUAGAUAAACUGCACACAUUUUGGCUUUUACAAUCCAAUCACUGUGUAUAUUUAGUUCGUAAUCUGUGAUUCUUGACUGAUAUGAAUUCGAAAUACCAGGCAUCUCUCUAGCAGAAUGGAUGCCUUUUUCUUUUUUUUUUUUUUGGCACCAA